AUGAGUAGGCAAUUCAGUUCUAGAUCUGGGGGAGGGAUUAGGACUUCACGGGGAUAUACCUCUUCCACUGCUGUCAUUCCCGGUGGGACAAAAGCUAGUUUCAGCUCAGUUUCAUUACCCCGAGGUGUGAAGGGAAGCACAGGAUUGGGUGGGGGCUUUGGUAGUAGAAGCCUCUACAAUCUGGAGGGUAGCAAACGAAUCUCUUUUGGAAUCAGCCAUGGUGGCUUUGGAGGAGGCUUUGGGGGUGGCCUAGGUUUUGGUGGUGGUGGUGGUGGUGGAUUUGGUAGUGGCGAUGGAUAUGGCUAUGGAGCUGGAGGUUAUGGUUUAUCUUUAGGAGUGGGAAGCUAUGGUGGUGGAGGAAGAAUGGGUCCCAUGGUUUCUCCUGGGGGCAUCCAGAAAGUGACUGUCAAUCCCAACCUCCUAUCACCGCUGCACUUAGAGAUUGACCCUGAGAUUCAAAAAGUGCGGCAGCAUGAAAGGGAACAGAUCAAGACCCUCAACAACAAGUUUGCAUCCUUCAUUGACAAGGUACGGUUUCUCGAGCAACAGAAUAAAGUGCUAGAAACAAAAUGGAAUCUUCUGCAACAACAUGGCAGCUCAGUUCCAAAGCUCAGCCUAGAGCCCUUAUUUGAGAAUUACAUUCUUAACCUCAGGAGGCAACUCGACUCGUUAAUAGGCAAUCGAGCCAAGUUGGAUUCAGAUCUAAGAAACAUGCAGGAUCUAGUAGAAGAUUACAGAAGGAAAUAUGAAGAAGAAAUUAACAAACGCACCACCGCUGAAAAUGACUUUGUUGGUAUCAAAAAGGAUGUUGAUGUUUCCUUCAUGCAAAAAGUAGACCUGCAAGCAAAGGUUGAUAGGCUGAUAGAUGAGAUCAACUUCCUGAAGGCCUUACAUGAGGCUGAAUUGAUUCAAAUCCAAGGACAAAUUAGUGACACCAAUGUUGUCUUGCAAAUGGACAACAACCGAGAUCUGGACCUCAACAGUAUCAUUGCUGAAGUGAAAGCACAGUAUGAAGACAUUGCCAACAGGAGCCGGGCAGAGACAGAAGCAUGGUAUCAAAACAAGUUUCAGGAACUUCAGAUCAUAGCUGUUGGUCAUGGAGAUGACCUGAAAACUAUCAAGAAUGAGAUUAGGGAACUGAAUCGGCUUAUCAACAGACUAAAAGCAGAAACUGAGAAUGUGAUAAAAACGGUAAGCGGGAUCCAAAAAGCAAUUGCCGAUGCUGAAGAGCGUGGGCAGUUGGCCCUGAAAGAUGCCCAGGUAAAACUGAAUGACCUGCAACAAGCAAUACAAAAUUCAAAGGAUGAACUGGCACGUCUCCUGCGGGAUUAUCAGGAGCUGAUGAAUGUUAAACUGGCUCUGGAUAUUGAGAUUGCCACAUAUCGCACGCUGCUAGAAGGCGAAGAAUGCAGGAUGUCUGGAGAACUCACUGCGCCUGUGAGCAUGUCGGUGAUGAACAGCUCAUCUACCAUGAGUGGAGGUAGUCAAGUGAGCAGUGGUGGAUUUGGUCUGGGGGCUGGUGGAGGAGGGGGAGGCAGUGGUGCUGGAGGCAGCCUGGGCCUGACAAUGGGAGGGGUUGGUGCUGGCGGCUUUGGUAUAAGCAGUGGGAUCACUACUGGAGGGAGCAGUUACAGCACUGGAAGCUAUGGUGGGGGAAUAGGUGGAGGAGGUGGAAGAGGUUCUUCCAGCAUGAAAUAUGUCUCAACCACAACCUCAUCAUCCAGCCGAAAAGCGGUCAGAUAA